AACAGGUAACUGCUGUUCCAGGGUGGGUACUGAACACUAACCAGACACUCGCAAGAGAAAAUACAUCGACGGAGUGACUGAGGGCAGAUAACGAGUUCCAAUCCUCAAAACUGGAGACGACUGGGAAAUGAUAAACUCGCAGGUGGGACAAACUAGGAUUUCAGUAUAGGAGAGAUGAGCCUUGAUGCUGGCCCUAUUCCUAAGAUACAGUCCAUUGUGGAUACCUCCUUGUGGUGUGGGCUCCCCAGGACAACUUGUUUAAGCUCCCCCAAAACGGACUCUGACAUAUGGGUGUCUACACCAACUUCUCUGUACAAAAGCACAGUUUCCUGCCAUGACAAAAUGGACCGGAACCAACAUAGCCCAUCCCCAGAGGAGUCCUUGGACUUGGGUUCAGAGUUGCAGACACAGUUAGACCUUUUCCUGAAGCUUGGUUUCUCUGAGACACAGGUCCGUGCGGUUCUGUCCAAACUUGGGCUCAACACAGACACCAAUCGUGUCCUGGGGGAACUGGUGCAGGCGGCCGCAGACACUGAGGAGAAAGAAGGGUCCCCAGUAUCUCCGGUCUUGGUUCCUCGCGGAGAACCCCCACUACAGGCCCACAGUGCAAUGCCACACAGUUUACCCAAUUUGCCGUCAGCUCCGUGUGAGAUAAGAGAGGAUGACAAUGCCCUCAGACCCAUUGUGAUAGAUGGCAGUAAUGUAGCUAUGAGUCACGGGAACAAGGAAGUGUUUUCCUGCUUGGGGAUUCAGCUAGCUGUGAACUUUUUCCUGGAAAGGGGUCAUGUAGAUGUUACUGUGUUUGUUCCUUCAUGGAGGAAGGAACAGCCCAGGCCAGAUGUUCCCAUUACAGAUCAACACAUCCUGCGGGAGCUGGAGAGAAAGAAGAUCUUGGUGUUCACACCCUCCCGACGUGUGGCUGGCAAACGAGUGGUCUGUUAUGACGACCGUUUCAUUGUCAAACUGGCUUACGAGUCUGACGGAAUAAUUGUAUCCAAUGACACCUAUCGUGACCUGCAAGGAGAGCGUCCUGAGUGGAAACGCUUUAUCGAGGAAAGACUGCUCAUGUACUCCUUUGUCAAUGAUAAGUUCAUGCCCCCUGAUGAUCCUUUAGGGCGACAUGGCCCCACCCUGGAGAACUUUCUCCGCAAGACUCCACGAGCUCCCAAACGUCAGCCCUGCCCCUAUGGGAAAAAAUGCACUUACGGCAUCAAGUGUAAAUUUCAUCAUCCUGAGAGAGCCAAGCAGCCACAUCGUUCUCUGGCUGACGAGCUGCGUGAGAAAGCCAAGAUGUCUGCUUUGCCACAAAGAACCUCAGCAAACUCUGGUCCCGUUCCAAGCCCACCUUUAGAGGAAGUGAUGGAGCAGAAACUUUCUCUGGACCACAAAAAGGUCCACACCAGCGAGAACGUCCCGCUUCUGAAGAAUGCCCAGCCUUCUAGUCAGAGGAAGUUCUCUUCUAAGCGUGACCGGUCUAGUCGCCACUCGCCGACCAGCCUUGACUCCUUCCCUAGUGGCUCCCAAGAGUGUUUGGACUCAGGUCUUGGCUCUUAUGAAUGCUACUCUCCUGAACGCUACUCUCCUGAACAUGGCCAAGGCCGCUGCGACCGCUAUUGUGGGGGAGAUUCCAGGAAAUCCAAGGUAUCCUCUAGCAGUUGGCACCACUAUGUGCCUUUCAGCAACCCGUCCUGCAGCUGCUGUUCCCACCAGACAUUCUGCGCCAGUGCAAGUUUUCCACAUCACAGGAUGCCAGCGGUCAACUCCCAGAACCCAGACCUUAUGAGCUACUGCCAACCCCGUUAUUCUUCUUAUGGAGGUCCAGUUCACCCUGCCGUAAAUAUGGCUCAGUACAGCCUGCCUCCAGACUUCCAGUAUGGGAGGGCACCACCCCCUCACCAAAGCUACUGGUCUGAGUCGUACAGGUCUUAUCCUCAGAAUAUGCCUGGAUCCAUGCCAGGGGAGAGGGGUCAUUGGGCCUCAAGCUCCUCCCAACUCAACCCUCAGGGAUCUGAACGAGAGCAGGUCAGGAAGAAGUUACUGGCAAUAUUUAAUGCUCGUUUAGUGGACCGAGCGAUGGACAUGUUUCCCCAGCUGAUGGACCCCCAAAGGCUGGCAGCCGAGAUCCUCAAUCUCCAAUCACAGGGUGGAGGUUUAUGACUUAUGUAGAGUGCUUUUUCUCAAAAUGUCUGCAGUCCCCAGUGAGAACUGUGCCAAAUGGUUCUUUGUUCUGUAUCGUUCUCUCACAUGGUGCACUGAACGUUUCAAAGGCCUUUUGAUAAAUGUUUUGAAGUUGAAAUUUAAAACGAUGGAUUGUUGACACAAAUUGUGUCUUUAGACUGUUGUUCAUGGCUUUAAUUCUUCGCUAUCACUGUGUCUUGGAUGAAUUGAUUUAACUCACCCUUUUAAAAUAACUUUUAACAGUUUAACUCUCCUAGAUGUAUUAUUGAAUCCAUUCAACCAACUAAGCUGUAUCUCUGUAUCCUCUGGAGUUCAGGAUCUAAGUUUUGACAGGUAUACUGGUAAUGUUUAAAUAAUAAAUUACACAGCUAUCAUUAGCAUUAUUUAUUGAGUCUAUCACAGCUCCACUAAAGAGACAUAUUAUUCUGGUCAAAAAAUUGUCACAAACUAUAUUUCAGUCAUAAGCAUUAAAUGUUAAUAGCAACAAAUACCACUUCAUGUGUAAGAAAAGAGGAACAGUGGAAACAUUCAUUGCUGUUUCUAUGGAAACUAAAUCAUUAAAUGUUUAAAGUUGUGAUAUUUUUGGAUUAAUUAUGUUGGCACUAUGUGCUUGGUAGGUGAUCGUAAAGCCAAACUACCUGAAAGGGUAGUGUAGUAAACACCCUGUGGGUUCUUCUUGGUAAUUUUGCCUCUACUGCAACUGUUCACAAUUUCAAAUCAACUGUUAUUUAAAAAAAAAAAAGCCAAAUGUAAUCAUUUUAGAGUUCUCAGAAAAAGAUGACUUCAGUUUACAUAGCAACAGAGGUAAGACAGAUGUGUUAUGAAAAAAAAUGCUUCAAUUCAAAUAAAAACAGCUGACGUUUUGGAACUGCUGCACUUUUCUGAGUUAAGGCAUUUUAAUAUGCACACUGUCUAAAUCACUAGAAGGCACACUAUAGCACAUGUAUGUAGAAGAAGAAUGACAAAGUAAUUAAUGUUUUUAGACAGCUUUAGUUAAGCAGUUUUGUUAGGAACAUAUAUAGCCUUGUAGCAAUAAAUGAAAAAAUGAAAAGUCUCAAAUGCAU